AAAAAACAAAACAAAACAAAACAAAUAAUAAUAUCAAUCAGUCGAGUCGACGACCAAACAACAAUCAAAGUCAACAACAUCAACAACAAACAACCCUGUUUGGUCUUUAGUCAGUCAGUCAGUCGGACUCAGGAAUCAAGAAUUGCCCCACACACCCGCACCCCAUUCGCCAUCAUUCGUCAUCCUCGGCAACUUAGACAAUCGCAUAUU